AUGCCGGCCGAGGAGAACGAGCCUCUCGCCUCGCCAACCCGCGAGGAAGAGGAGCCUACCGAGACAUCGCCCCUUCUCAGCAGAAGCGAUGACGAUCAUCACAGUGAUGCUGGUGAACGCGAACACAAUGGUCGAGUCUCGACCGAACCUCAGUCACGGGCCGCCUGGAGUCUCUGGUCAAUCUGCAACAAGAAGACCAGUACCAAGGCACCCUGGCGAUGGCCUUCCAUCAUCGCCAUGGUGAUCCUUGGCAUAAUUAUCAUACUCAUCAUCAUUCUCGGGUUCAUUGUUCCCCCUGCCGUCAAGGAGUACGCUGAGAAAGCUGCUGUUCUUGAACCUACUAAUUUAUCCAUUGAAAACAUCACGAGCGAUGGCAUCCGGGCGCGUAUUCGCGCAAACGUCUAUCUCGAUGGAUCGCGGGUCGACAACAAAAACUCUCGCCGUAUGGGAAUAGCGGUCACUGGCAUCAUGCGAAAACUCGAGACCAAGGAAACAACUGUCAACGUCUAUCUGCCCGACUAUGCCGAUGCGCUUGCCGGCACUGCGGUUAUUCCUCCCCUGGUUGUUGAUGUGGUUAACGGACACACCAAUGAGCUGGACUUUGUGGCAGAGGUCAACCCUGGCGAUGCUGAGCAUAUCCGCAAGAUUGCGAAUGAUUGGUUGGAGGGGAACCUGAAGCAGCUGAAAGUAGUGGGCAAAACCAAGGUUCACCUCAAAUCGGGAAUCGUCCCGCUUGGUGCUCAUGAUGUGGCGGAAUCCAUGGUCUUUGAAGCUAAUGAGAUCCCAUCAAUGCCUAACUACAACAUAGAGCGCAUAGAUCUUCACGAUCGGCCGGUAGAUGGCCGCGGACGAAAAGUGAUCGAGGCCGACGUAUCUCUGAAAGCCCACAAUGACUAUCCAGUCUCCCUCCGAGUCCCGACUCUUGGGUUUGAAGUUCUAGUGCCCAAUUGUGAUUCAUCACUGCCUUCUAUCAGUGUUGCAGAUGCUAUCACGGAGCCAAUUGAUGUUAAAGCUAAGGCAGAUGUUCAAGCCGAUGCUAAAGGCAUCAUCCGCGACAUUCCAGAAUCUUUGACGAAAGCAUGCCCUCACUCUGAAUCAUCUCCUCUCGACCAUUUCAUGGACCGUUACCUACAUGGCGAGGAUGCCAAGGUGCUUGUGAGAGGAAAGAAAACCAAUAGUACAGAAACCCCCGAAUGGAUAUCAGAUAUCCUGGAGAGUAUUACAGUACCGGUCGAUUUUCCAGGACGAUCAUUCGAUAGCUUGAUCCGCAACUUUUCCCUGACGGAUGUCGACUUCAAAUUACCCGACCCUUUCGCCGACGUCAAUGAUCCCGAGGGCGAACCUCGAGUAUCUGGCACUGCACAAGUACUCGCGGCUCUUCCACCUGAACUGAAUGUGGAUUUGGGGGUGGACAAGCUCCGCUCCAACGCUGAUCUGUUUUACAAGAAGCGUAAAAUGGGCGAGUUGAAUUUGCGCCACUGGCAAAGUGCCAACUCAACAAAAGUUCAGGAUAAAGAAAGCGGUGAAACUCUUCUCAACAUCACAUCACGACUAGUCGAUGUCCCCUUAACAAUCACCGAUGGUGAUGUAUUCAGCGAGGUCAUGCAAAAGCUACUGUUUGGAGGCGGCGAUAUCACACUUGACAUCAAGGCUGAAGUCGACGUAAAGCUCCAAACCGUCCUCGGCAUUCUGACGGUGAAGAAGGUUCCCGCAGAGGGCAAGAUUCCAGUAAACGGAUUCCCUGGAAACGCACUUGGCAAACUCAAGCCUCAAGUCGGCGAGAUUGAGGUUAUGGAAACUACGGAGACGGGCAUUCAGAUGAGAGCCCUUGUCAACCUCACAAACCCUACACCAUACGCAGCUGUUGUCCCCUACCUCAGCGUACACAUUCUUCACGAUGGGGAACUUCUCGGCGAGGCCAUAUCGAGAAAUGUCACUUUUGACCUCGGCAAGAACACCAACCUUCCUGUUCUUGCGACCUGGGACCCCUUACGAUUUGGCGGCCAGAAGGCACAAACAAUUGGCCGCAAGCUACUAUCAGACUAUGUAUCCGGUAAGAAUACGACAUUGACGGCACGUACUCACAAACGGAGUGUCCCAAAUGUCCCCAUAAUCGGCGAGGCUUUAUCAAAUAUCAACAUCACUCUGCCUACACCGCGAAUAACUGUCCCUGGCGAGGACGAGCACGAAGGCGAGAAGCCACGAUUUAUCGCAGAUGCCACCUUUCAUCUCUUUUCUUCGACAGCCACUUUUACACUUCUUUCUCCAUUACUAUACAACACUUUAUACAUAGAACACAUCAACGCAACUGCUCUUUACAACCACACUGAGCCUGUCGGUCAGAUUAUACACGAUGAACCUUUCCCAGCAACACCUGGACGAUCCCAAACCCCGCGCCUGCCGGUUAUAUGGUCUGCCAGCAGCGUGGGUUAUGGCAAGUUAAAAGAAGCAUUGGGCGGAUCGCUCAAGCUUGAUGCCAUAGCCAACGUGACUGUGAGAUUGGGCAUUGUAGUGAACAGUAACUUGUUUCAGCUGUUCAGCUUUACUGAUUCUAUGAACAACUACAUAUAUACAGAGCACAUAAGGAAGACAAUCACAAAGGUCAUUGUCACAACAAAGGUGACGUUCGUUCUCGAUUUCAAGAACAAACAUGUCUUCUCAAUUUCCCCCUGGACUCACUUUUACCAAGGUGAACAACUCCAGCCACAACGACAGUACGACCCCCCUCCCAUUGUUCUCAUCCUCGGCCAGUAA